CAACCUCGAUCCGCUCAGCGUCUCCCGCAUCUAAUCAUAAACGCCAUCAACCUACUGUCAGAAGCAACCUUCCAGUACAUCGCACCCCGAUCCACCACAACACCAUGGCAUCCACACAACCGCUCGCCGGCAAAGUCGUCCUCAUCACAGGCGCUUCAAAGGGCAUUGGCGCAGCGACAGCCCUCGAACUCGCCUCUCUCGGGGCCAAACUCGUCAUCAACUACUCUUCCGACUCUAAACCAGCUGACGAGCUCGUGCAAAAGAUUGGUACCGACAAAGCCAUUGCCAUCAAAGCGGAUGCAGCAGACGUAAAGGAAAUUGAGCGUCUCGUCGCCGAAACAGUCUCUUGGGGUGGCAGAAUCGACAUCCUAAUCCCGAACGCGGCCGUGUCGAUAAUCAAGGCACUCGAACAAACCGAAGAGGCUGAUUUCCAAAAGACCAUGGAUCUCAACGUCAAAGGGCCGUACUUUCUGGCUCAGAAAGCACUCCCACACAUGUCCCCAGGCUCCCGCAUCAUCCUCCUUUCAACAUCCCUCUGCAACUGGUCACCUAUUACACCCAACUACCUCCUCUAUGUGACCUCCAAAGGCGCCAUCGAGCAGAUGGUGCGCAUCCUAGCUAAGGACCUGGGUACCAAGGGUAUCAAUGUAAAUUGUGUUGCUCCUGGGCCAACGGCAACGGAUCUGUUCUAUCAGGGCAAAAGUGAGGAAUUGAUCAAUCGAAUCGCAUCUAACAACCCCUUCAAUCGGAUCGCAAGACCAGAAGAGAUUGCGAAGGCGAUUGCAUACUUUGCUGGCGAAGGCGGCAGCUGGGUGAACGGGCAGAUUCUGAGGGUCAACGGUGGAAUGACGGUCGGUACCUAGAUAAGAGCCUGUGGUCAAUCUUGCAAGAUCGUCAAUGUUAUGAACUCAGCUUCUUUAACUUGUCUGGAGACUAGCUCUCAUGUUGCAGAAAAGUUGGGACGCAGGUGAAGCCUGGCGGUCUUCAAUUCUAAGGAGCGAGCAGUCUG